CCACUGGUGGCAACGCUGAGCGUCAGCUGUUCUGCCGCCUUUUGAUUUUGUAAUAGUUUGGAAUUUUAAGCGAAAAAUGCAGAGCCUGACCCGUCUGCUGAACACCGCCCUUACCCUGCAGCCCCCGCAGCGGCUGGGCAAUGCAGCAGCCGUGGCCUUGCAGCAGUGGCGAGGCAAAACCAAAGUAGUAGAGAAGCCCAAGCCAGGCGCCGGUCAACAAUUCCGGCGCACCGUGCACUUUCCGGAGGAGUACACGGUGGAGCCACUAGAAAUCACCCAUCUGGCUGGCCGGGAUCCUGUCUCUGGUCGUCUGGUGGCCAAGGGCAUAGGCGGCGGCGUCAAACAGCAAUACCGAUGGGUCAAGUGGGUACGUGACGGUCCGCCGGAAGGUGCGCCGAGGGAGGAGUUGGUGCUGGAGGUGCUUCGCGACGGCUGUCGAACGGCCAAGGUGGCCUUGGUGGCUGUUGGCGACGAGCUGAAGUACAUUCUGGCCACGGAGAACAUGAAGGCGGGCGAUAUUCUGAAGACCUCGCGAGUGAUCCCAAGGAUUCCGGUGCGUCCUAACGAGGGCGAUGCGUACCCGCUUGGAGCUUUGCCCGUUGGAACCCGUAUUCACUGCCUGGAAAAGAAUCCUGGCCAAGCGUGUCAUUUGAUCCACGCCGCCGGAACCUUUGGCACCAUCCUGCGCAAGUUUGAUGACAAGGUGGUGGUACAGCUGCCCUCGAAGCGCGAGUUCGCCUUCCACCGCACCUGCAUGGCCACUGUGGGCCGUCUGUCAAACACAGAGCAUAACAAGGAGCAUGUGGGCAGUGCACAGCGCAUGCGGGAACUGGGCAAUCGUCCGCGAUCUGGUCUAUGGAAGCGGAAGGAGGGCAAGCACGGAAGGAAGAUACGCCGCCUGCCACCCAUGACCACGAUAGCACCGCCGGCACCGCCUAAAGAAGAAGCCAUCAGGCUGACCCUGCCCCUGUGAGGCUUUCGUUUAAUUUCUAUGUUUCACACAUUAUACAACUAGAACUAGA